AUGGCGGCUCCCACUUCUGAAGAGUCUAUUCUCUGCAAGAUGAGAAUAGUUUCCCUUAUUAAACAUGGCGGCUCCAUCUUCCCCAAAGGUUUAAAGCGUGCUUUGGAGAGUGAAACCCUAAUGGAUACCUUCUGUUCCGACCUGCUCCCCCACAUUUGUGACCUACUACUUAACAGACGGCAUCUUGUGUCAGAUGAUACCAUCUUUCAAAAAUUACUGGAUUGGUUCAAGGCUUUGUCAUCGUCAGUAGAUGUUUAUGAAUUUAUGUCUGAGAAUGUUUGUGUAGUAGACAUGCUUUAUGACAUCCUAGAUGUGCCAGAUGAGGAAUCCGAUCUCUAUGCAUUUGCCAUGAGACUAUCUGGAAUUAUAGCAGCACAUGAAGAUGGCUUUCCACUUGUUUUGGGUUUAUUAGAAGAUUUCUAUGGUUCAUUUACCGUGUCCAAUACAAUGUGGGAUCGUGUUGAAGUGAAACUGGCUUGGCUUAAUGGUUUCCAGGAUAUGCUGGAGCACGAAAUGUCGAUAAGGUUUUUUUAUACCAACAGAAGCUUGUCUGUGAUCUUAUCUCUGCAAAGAGAAAGGAGUAUGUUUCUUGCUGGUGCUAUCAAUAACCUAGUCGCUCAUGCUAUCACUGCAAGUGUGAAGAUUGAGGGAAACCCAAACCUUGACUAUGUCUAUGAGCUAAACGAAUUACCAGAUGUUGCAUUUGUCUUACUGAGCCGUUCGGUGGAAUCUCUCGGUAGUGAUUGUCCUUAUGCAGCAAGCCAGGCUAUCAGAACACUGAUCGCCGUUUUUAAAGAUGGUAGCUCAGUAGUGGUUGGCAUUGCUUGGAGACAUAUGUUCGCCUAUAUCUACACGUUUCUGGAAGACGGACCUCUUCGUAAUUCUGUCUAUUUAGAAGAGCUGCUUCUCUCUGUGGUCAGGAUACCAAUCUUCCAAGCUCCAAACUGUAACGUGUGGGUCUUAGUACUACGAACGCUAAAAAGUUUGCAUCUAUUCCAGUCUAUAACUUUUGCUGCUAACAUUAUAAAACUGCAUAUCGCCCCAAAGGAGGUUGGUUAUCAUGCAUUGUCGGUGCUACUUUACCCAUUUCAUCACAUAUUAAAAAUGACUACUGCAUACUCAGAUCUCUCAUUAGAGCAAAUCUAUUGCCAUCCAGAAGCUGUCAAUGCGAUGUCUAUGAAAUUGUCUGCUAUUGCUCUGCUUAGCCUGAUUUUUCGCUGCAUCAGGGAAAUUAGUGAAACGGUUGGAUUUUUACCCACCAAUGGUAUGUUCUGUGCCAUUCUAACAUUGCUGCUGUUCUGCAUUGGCCAAGCACCUGUUUUAACACCUGCUGGGAAGAUUUUCAGCAUGCAUUUGUUCGGUUGCCUUAAAUUACAGAAGGCAGCGCUGGAUUCCCUCACAAACUUUACAUGUUUGUUAGAUGCCCACAAAUGCCAGGAGGAAAUCUAUAAAAUACUGCUUGUUUAUGUUGACCAUCCAGGCAUUGAUCCAAUGGUUCUAAAAAAGACUUUUAAUACUUCAGCAUCAUGGCUGUGGGCGUCUUCCGUGUCUAAAAACAAAGACUCCUGGCCGCAAUCCAUUAUUUUUCUAAAAGAUCUGUUGCCAUUGUUAUUGAAACGUCUCUGCAAUACACACUGGGAGCAUCGUCAAAACACGCUAGAUUACAUCAGUGAUCUCCUAAAUUGCUAUACAGGACGAGAAGGCUUCAAACUGGCUCUUUGCGGAUCUGGCAUUCCUCAUAGGGCCAUAGAUCUGCUUAAAGACCCGGUGAGUGCGGUUCGAGCGGGUGCUGUGCAGUGCUUGUCAAGGCUAGUUAAUAUUUUUGACCUGCACGUAAGACUGGCCAAAAACACUAUAUCUAUGACCGCAAUGAAAAAAAAGGUUAUUGUCCCAAACUUCAUGCAUAUUUUAUCUGAAGACAAAGAUCCUUCGCCCAGAAGGGCCGUCAUAAAGGUGUUUGUGAAUUGGCUGAUACAGGGUCAUAUCCAGAAUUUUCACGAACCAGAAUCGUUGCUUUACAGAAUUCUAGAUGUGGCAAAGAAAGACUCUGACUGUGAGGUGAAAUCUAAUGCACUAGAACUGGCUAGAUUAUUUGUGGAUGAAACAUUUAACGUAUGUGUCGCCAAUAGCAGUCCGUACAAUGCAGAAUUACCUUCCAACACUAGUAAGGUCAGAAUAGUGGGAGCGUUGCAAAAAUUAAAUAAAGUGGGGAUUUUUACGUAUUUGUUGGAUGCCCUUAGUGACUGUGAUAAACCAGUGGCCUUGGGUGCCUGUAAAAUCCUCAUAUCCUUGAAGUCCAAACUGAGUGGCGGAGAAGAAACCGUUAAUGCAGAACUCUAUGGCGUGGAACGGCUAAAAGAUGUAUUGAAGAACUGGCUCCUCAAACUCCACCGUGGAUAAAGUAUAAGUAAUGCAUUACACAAAAAAUUGGCAAGUAGUGAUGUGCACAGAAUGGAUAUGGUUAGCAUAGAUGGUUCUCUAACAAUGCAUAGUAACUCUAAGCACCAGUCCCCUUACUGUUGGAUAGCCGGGCUCGAUUGUGGGAUGGUGAUAAGAAAGAUGUUGACUGUUACUGUUUGGAAGUGCUACUUUUGAAAACCAUUAAUCUUUGAGUAUCUGUACUGGAAGAUAUAGUAUCCUUUCCCUGGUUGGGUAUUUGAGAGGCAUGGAGCUUAACAUAACAAUUUUUUUUAUAUGAAUUGACAGUUACGUUUUAGUCCUCCUGUAUAACGUAUUUGUGAUGCUAAAAUUAAGUUCAGUCUUAUAUCAUGCUAGCUAAUUUUCUUGCGGCUAUGCAGGUGACCUAUUCUGUGUUUAUAUAGGUUUGAGCCAUUGGUACAUUGCUGAAAGACAAAUAUGGCCACCUAAACAGGUGUGCCAUCGUCUGUCUUCUCUAUAAUCUUAAAUGUGCCUUUCCCACAAUCCUUCAUGUGUGUAUGCUGACUAGGAUAUGUGGGAUGCCAUUUGGUAGCAAUCUUGGAGGAGGCAAAAGCAUUUUUAUUGUACAAACUCAAUUUUGUCACUUUAAUAGGUAGCCAAUGCAGCUGUUUUCUAGUACACACUUUGUCACUUGGGGAAAGAAAAGGGUCUAUUUUUUUUUUUUUUUUUUUUUUUUAAUAAU